AUGUUGCCACCUACAUAUGAUUUCUCUUCGAAAACAGAAGAAAGCAAACAUGAUGCUGCAAACGCGUUCGCACAAUCGGAAUCAACUUUUGUUGGUGCAAGACAAGUUUCGGGAGGGCCUUCAAUGAACCAACCUGGAGAGAGCAUGCAUAAAUCUCCCAUAUCACAUGAUAAUUACUUUACAUCGAGUCUGGGACUACCUCCAUUCUUUUUACCAGUAAUAGCUGACAAUUUUGCAUCUCCAAUUAUCCAUUACGAUAGGAACACAACUGUUGUGAUUACAUGUAAAUAUGUACCACAAGAAUACCCGGGUUUUGUGCCUCUUCGUUUGGACAGUGAUACAGUUUAUACCGUAAAGAUGUCAUUAACCCCCUCGUCAGCAUCUCAAUUAGAGAAAGAUGCAUCUAUUUCCAGAUAUCUUGAAAAGAGUCUUCAGAACGCCAAUAAGAUAGCUCCUUCAAUUUAUGCUCAUCUUAAAGAAUAUUUUAUUAUUGUGAGGGAAUUUAUUGAUGGAUCCUCAUUGAAACAGUUGACUCUCGAAAAUCCAACAGCAGAUCUAGAUACGCUCCAAAAGAAUAUAGAAAUUGCCAUCAAGCUAUGUAAGGAUGUUGACCAGAUGCACACGUUGAGAGUGUGCCAUUGCGAUCUUGCUCCUGAUAACAUUAUUUAUGAUCAUAGUAAUUCAACAGUAAUAAUUAUUGAUUUUGGCCUCAGUGAGCUAUUACCCUUGUCCAAUCCUUAUAUAUACACCUCAAAACCAAAAGGAAAUGUUCGAUAUAUAUCUCCAGAAGCAACAGGCCGCCUUCCAAAACCCAUUGGAUUUUACAGCGAUAUUUACACUCUUGGAUUUGUAUUGUUUGAAUUGAUUGCUAAAGACCAUCCAUUCAAUAGCUGUGUGAAAAGUUCUGAUUUCAUAUUCUCACAUAUCACAAAACAACCAGAAUCACUGUAUCAAAAUUUGAAACGUAGAGAAAUAUUUAGGGAAGAAAGUUCUGAAUUGUUUGCAACUGUAAUUCAUGCCAUCUCGCUUGUUAUUAACAAGAUGGUUCAAAAAUCCAUCGAAAAAAGAUACUUUUGCAUGAGAGGUGUUAUAGGUGAUCUAGAUUGUAUUUUGACAUGUUUGAAAAAAGCAGACAAUUUCUGCCUCCAUAACUUUAUUCCAGGACAACACGACGUCCAAACAACUCUUUCCAUUCCUUUUGCUGUGUAUGGAAGGGACUCCAUUAUUGAUCAAAUGGAGAAUCUUUUGCAAGCCAUGACCACUAUGCAAGUGCCAACUUUAAUCAUGCUACGAGGAUAUAGCGGUGUUGGCAAAACAAGUAUUGUUAGAGAGUUUAGAAACAGAUGCAAGGACGCUAUUGCUUACUUCGAAGCCAAGUACGAUCAGAAUCAAAAUGUUCCUUUUUUUGCCUUUACGUCUAUCAUUUCCACUGUAAUUGAAGCAGUGCUUGGUGAAUCAGAGGAUUUUAUCGCCGAAUUUAGAAGCUAUAUUCUUACACGCCUUAAUAGUUUUCAGCUUGAUAUGCUUUGCGAAGCUAUUCCAAGCUUUGGUUUAAUAUUUCCGUCCUGUCAAAAUAGAUCUUGUGCAAUUGUUUUGAAAGAACAUCAAGAAGCAAUCAAAUUAUUUUCUCAAGGAGUAAUUUACAUGUUAAAAAUAUAUAAUCAAAUGAAGCACAAGCCGAUAACCAUUUUCUUGGACGAUGUACAGUGGGCAGAUUUUGAAUCGAUGAAGCUAUUGAAGGAAAUUAUGGGUUUGGGAACCUGUGAAAGCUUUCCAUUACUUUUGAUAUUCGCAUAUCGAGAUAAUGAGGUGAAAAAUAACCAUCUUCAUCCAUUGAACGUUUUUCUUGAUUCAGCUCGAUCAAUUGCCUCCAUAACAGACAUAGAAGUCUCUGAUCUUACCGAAGAUGAUUGCAAUCAUCUUGUUGCGGCGUCACUACACCGCACCCCACGAGAUACUGAAAAGCUCACAAAAUUGCUGUAUUUAAAGACGCAAGGCAAUCCAUUCUUCUUGAAACAACUGCUCGUAACACUUUUCAAGGAAGAAAAAAUAUAUUUUAAUCGGUCUUUACAAGCAAUUUCUUGGAAUUUGGAAGAAAUAGAUCGAGUGAAAUAUUCAGACAAUGUUGUAGACUUUUUGUUGAUCCGAUUUGAUUGCAUGCUUCCAGAUACUAAAAAAGCAUUAGCGUAUGCUUCAUGUAUUGGAUGCAAAGCUUUAUUCCAACAUUUACUUCACUUGAUCAACAUUAAAAAAGAAGAACACUCUGCAUUGGAGCUGAAGGAAAUUCUCGAUCACGGAGUCAAAGAAGGUUGGAUCAGUUAUAUUGACACCCAUACUUUCCAAUUCAAUCAUGACCGAUUACAACAUGCAGCAAAUGCAUCUAUAUCAGAAUCAGAAAAAGCAAAGAUUCAUUACAAAUAUGGAAAAUAUCUUUUGCAAAAGGUCAAAACUGGGGAAAUUGCCCAGGAUGAUGUAAUAUUUGACAUUGUAGUUCAUUUAAAUCAUAGGUCAAAAGACCCUAAAAUUCUUAAAUCCUCAGAGAAGCGAAGACUUCUGUUAGAAUUAAACAAGAUGGCUGCUAAAAAGGCAAUUAGCUGCUGUGCAGUAGAGCAAGCAACGAUAUUCGUGAACACGGCUCUGGAAAUGUUACAACUCGAGAAAGACAUUUGGGAAGAUCCGUUAUAUCCGACCACUUUUGAGCUGUUCAUGAUAAAAGGAAAUUGCGAAUUUGUGACCAAUGUUGGCUCUGCGAUCGAUAUAUUCAAUACUGCUCUACAACGAGCAAAAACAAGAUUACAUGUUUUUGAGGCUUGCUAUAAUCUCGAGAUGGGUUAUUUGGCUCAAGGAAAAUUUGAGGCCGUCUUUGAAUUGUUGAUGAACCACAUUUUUCCUGUGUUCGAGGAAUUGAAAUUUUUGACGGUACCUUCAAACAGAAAUGCCGAUUUUCUAAAAGAAUGGAUCGACAACAAGAUGAAAGAUAUGAAAAAGAAUCUUAUUCUUAAAUUUACUACAAAAAAGGACAUUUUAGAAUUGCCUGAUAUGACAGAUAUAGAGGAAAUGUAUUUUAUUCAAGCCCUUUCUCAGAGUAAUCCUGCAAUCUUCCAUAUGAAAUCUCUGGACAGUAUGCUUAUUCCCAAUAGCAGAUAUAUUUUCAUGACUUGUGUGCUCAUAGCAUUUGAAAAAGUGCUCAAGCAUGGUUUAAGUCCAGAAUCUCCUAUUUUGCUCGCAGUCUGCUCCCAUUUUUGGAGCACAUUUGAGUUGUUCCCAAGGAUGACACUGUUUAUAGAGAGUGCAAUUGAGCUGGCAAAAAAUCGAUACAAAAAUCCACUACAAUUGUCUUCAUGUCUCUUAUUGAAGAUUAUGAGUUUUGCUUUAUAUCCAAAUAUCAAUUGCUUGGAAGUGUGGAACUUGGUGGAAGAAGCUUUUCUAUUAACAGUCAAGUGCAACAAUAGGACUUAUGGAGUAUUUACUAUAACCUUUUAUCCGUUCUAUCAUUUAUUUUUUGCCAAUUCUGACAUGAAAACUUCCAUAGAGCUAAGCAAGCAGUGUAUUUCCAUUAUUAAGGGAAUUGAAAAUUGUUAUCUUUUGGAUACCAGCAAUAUGAUUCUUGAAAUGAAGAGAGUUAUUUGUGGCGAGCAGGAGAGUUUUGAUCCUCCAUAUACUAGUGAUGUUAUUCAUUAUCCCUAUUUUCGAUGUAUGCACUUCAUGUUUAAAGCAAUUUCUCUGUACUUUCAGCAACAAUGGGAAGAGUCUUUCGCGUGCAUUGAACAGACCUUUGAUUUUAAAGAAGAAACAUUUGGAAUGUGUGUUGAGUGGAUAUUGGUAAUAUCUCAAGGUUUAGUGUGUUGCGAAUUUCAAAAGCACAUUCUUCUGAAUCACAUAGCCGGUCAAGAAGAACGACUUGAAAAAAGUGACAAGAUCAUUGAGGACGUACUCCAACGAUUGGAAAGACUUUGUAAAUGUAACCCUCUCAUUUUCCCGAGUCCAUUUGCAUUGAUCAAAGCAGAGAAGUUAUUCUGUGACUAUUUAAGAUUUGGUCAUGAUUAUACUAGGCAAAUUAUUGGUCUUCUAAUUCAAAGUUUGACUCUUGCAACUCAAGAAAGAAAUCACUUUAUGGUCAAGUUUUGCAACUUGAAGUUGGGAGAGCUAUUUAAAGAUCUCAACCUCUUUGACAGCAUUUCUGGAAAGUAUUUUACAAAUGCGUACGAGCAAUUUAAUGAAAUGGGUGCAUCACUCAUGGUGAAUUAUAUUUGUGAGAAUUAUAAGGAGCAAAUAGACGCUUAUGAACGAGAGGUUGGUGCAGCUGCACCGUCGUCAUCAAGCUCCUCCGAUAAAAGUUCUACCACGAUCGCACAACAAGAAUUUUCUUUGACAUCCAUUACAAAGAGCAGAUUUGUUGAGAGCAAUGAAGUUGACUUCAAAGAGAUAUUUAUUUCCAUUUUACCUUUGCUCAAUGAGCAUGCUGAUUCGAACCGAAGCUGUUUACUCCUCAAAAGAAACAAUAAGCUUUAUUUGGAUGCAGAGGUCAACGAUGAACUAAACCCAAAAGAGAGUAUACCACCACACAUAAAUCAUGAAGAAGCAUCAAUUGACAAACUAGCUGGUAGAUUACCUUUGAACAUGAUAUACAGGACAAUACGUACCAGAUUUGAGCAGGUAUUUUCACAAUCAAGAGAAUAUGAUCCAUAUUUUGAGAAAUCUCAUGUUUCCUCUGCGUUGUGUUUGCCAAUUAUACGUGAAAAAAGUGUGAUUGGUUGUGUCUAUCUCGAAAAUAGAGAAAUCGAAGAUGCAUUCACUUUGGAAAAGAUCAAUAUUGCCAAGUUGAUCAUAUCCAUUAGUAUUGACAAUGCGAAGAUAUUUAGUUCUAUCAAUAAGUCAUAUGCUAGAUUUUUACCAUCUGAAUUUCUCAAGCUCCUUGGAAAGUCACAUGUGACCAAAGUCAAACCUGGAGAUGCUAUUGCUCGUGAGAUGACUGUGCUUUUUUCAGACAUUUAUGGUUUUACAGAACUGAUAGAGUCUCUUUCCGCUAAAGAAGGAUUUGGUUUCAUCAAUCAAUUAUUGUUUAAGAUAGCACCUCCCAUAAGCAAGUAUGGCGGAUUUAUCGAUAAGAUAUUGGGAGAUGGUAUUUUGGCACUGUUUCCUGACCCUCAAUCAGCAGUGAGUGCUUCUUUGGAAAUGAUAUCAGAAUUGGAAAAAUUCAAUAAGGAGAAUGUUUAUAACGUAAAAAUGGGAAUUGGUAUCUCUAAUGGCGUUGUGAGUCUGGGAACUAUUGGAUAUGAAGACCGAUUAGAUGCUACUGUCAUCUCUGAUACGACCAAUGUUGCUUCUCGUUGUGAAUCGCUCACCAGGUCAUUUAAAUCUCGAAUCAUUGUCACUGAGAGUGUUAUCAAUUCGAGUCAUUUAUCCAUUACAGAUGCCUACAUUAUUUAUAUUGGAAAAUUUAUUUUGAAAGGGAAGCAAUUUGCUCGUGAUUUGUAUGCCAUCAAAGGAAAGAAAUGGACAACCAUUAUUCAAAAUGCAGAUCUUUUUGAAAGCUCUACUAUUUCACAAGUUGUUUCAUUAUUUCAAUCUAGAAAAUUCGAGCAAUGCCUCGAAGUAACCAAACAAAUUAGAACUGGCACCACAAGUAAUCCUUUUGUAAUGGCCAUGUGUCGAUUUUAUUCGCAAGCAUGUACUAUUUAUGCCACUUGCAAACUCCCCGAUCAAUGGGCAGGAGAUAUUCGAUUAAGUAAGGAUGGAGAACCAAAACCUUAUUUUUUUGGAGGAGGGUGA